AUGACAAGCACUGACGAUGCGGUCUCGAAUCGCACCAUGCCCGGCUCCCCACCCGACCUGACAGGCUCCAAGUCCUCGAAAUCUUCGUCUUUUCACUCCUCCUACCAGUCCGACGACAAUACCAUCCUCUCCGAUGUUGGGAACUUUGAAGAUAUCGGCCUCGAUGAUGAGUCUAGGGCAGACAGCGAUAUUGCGGACUUUACGGUCAAGAAUAACUCGAAUCCGUAUAAUGCUACGUAUGCGAAUGAUCCCAGGGUUACGCCAAAGCAAAGAAAACAUGUACCGAUGCAAGUUACGAAUGGGAAUCGAAGCCAGAGGGAAUUGACGAUGGGCUUGGGCAGACCUUCAUAUCCAAAUCUACAAAGUCACGUCAAGAGCGCUACUGCCGUGGAAGGCCUAGGAUUGACCGUUCAUAACUCUUCGAUGAUGCCCAGACGUGGAUUGACCAGCCCCAGCAGUCCAGCAUUAAUAACACGCAAUAGAAGCUCAAGUCCGAACAUGCCGGCGAAUAAUCUUGGGGUCACCCCGCUUAAGGCGAGGAGGAGUAGUUGGCAGGCUAAUAGGGAACGCAAGACGGCCAAGCAAUUGGAGAAGGAGUGUGAUGAUGAUGAUGACGAUGAUGCUGUACCAGAUGAUUGUUUGCUUGAGAAUGUACCGAUUUCCCCAAGGCCGCCGCAGGAAAGGAUUGCCAGUCGACCAGCUUCGACGUCUGCGAGUCCGGAACGUCCGGUCAAGGAGAAGGUUAGAAGUUUAGGGAAUGGCACAUCUCCUAUUCCUGCGGAACAGGGCGAGCUGCGAUCUCCUGGUACGCCGAGACCUGGGGCGAACCGUGGAGCGAGUAUGGGCCAGUUCCCUAUCAAUCAUGCUGGAUUUCCAAAGCGUACGAAGAGUUGGAAUAUUGCUUUAUCAGAACUCAGCGAGGAAGCCAAGGCUUUGACGGAAGCUUUGGAGGCACAUGCUGAAGAAGAGGAAACACGAGAUCCCAAUUCACGGAGGAGUUAUAACCCACCAACUCGAUCAGUUGCGGAAAAGGGUCGAGUCAAGUCUGCCAUUGCAGAAUUGCCUCCUUUACGCCGAACAGACAUAAUGAUCGACCCCUUACCCAUUUCAAAAGAAAAAGAAGCCGUCCUAUCACGCACUCGUCCUUCCUGGCUCCCACCCAAAGAUCCCGCAGAGGAGAAGAGACAUCUGAAAGAAUAUCAACGAAUGAUGGCGCUUUCCAUCGCAGCAGACCGCAAAAAGGAAAUCGAACAAAGAGCAAAGUCCACCUGUAAAGACGACACAGUCUCCUCGCUCCUUCGCAUCUGGGAAGAACACGUCCUACCCAACUGGGAUGAGGUAACUCGUCAGAAACGUACUCGCGAGCUCUGGUGGCGUGGAAUCGCGCCCCGAUCCCGUGGUAAAGUUUGGGCCAAGGCCAUAGGGAACGAGCUUGGCCUUUCGGAAUCGUCAUACACGGCAGCUUUGAGAAGAGCGCAGAAUCUAGAGAAGACGAUUAAAAGCGGAAGCCAGUUGAGUAAGGAGGAAAUGAAGAAGAAAGGGUGGUUAGAUCGUAUUGAGGAGGAUGUCAAAGGGACGUAUGCUGAGUUGAGGAUUUUUCAGGCGGAAGGGCCACUGCAUGGGGCACUGCUUGAUGUUUUGAAGGCGUAUGCUAUGUAUCGUUCUGAUGUUGGUUAUGUGCAUGGUACAUCUACAAUAGCAGCCCUCCUCCUCCUCAACCUCCCCACAUCCUCCCUCGCCUUCCAAACCCUCUCCAACAUCCUCAACCGCCCCCUCCCCCUCUCCUUCCACACCUCGGACUCGGGCGCCACGUCCCGCACCUACUACCUCCUCCUCACCACCCUCAAGCGCAAAUCCCCACAACUCCACACCCUACUCACAAACCCCGAUUUCGCCCUCCAGCCCGACAUGUACAUGAAAGACAUCUUCUCUGGCGCCUUUACGGGGGUCUUGAAUCUCGAUAACUGCACACGUCUCUGGGACGUCAUGGUUUUCGAAGGCGACGCCGUGUUAGUACGCGCAGGCGUAGCAUACCUGCUGGGCCUAGAGAACAAGCUACUAGGCGCGAGCAGCGCCAAGGAGAUCUGUGAGGUCGUGCGAGGGGGCCUGGAGGGUGUAGAUGAGGAAGAAUGGGUUAAACGUCUACGCAGUGCGGGGAAAUCUUCAUAG